ACAGACGAGACAGCUCGGCGGCAGGCGGAACUUUCGCGCGGAUUUUAAUUCUGUUGCACACAACGUUACGUUCAGUAUAUAAGUAAAACUCGCAGUGCAGACAGCUUGGCGCCCGCGUAGUUUUUUCGCCAGCGAAGUGAAAACCGUUGUGAUUUUUUGGCGCUAAACUAAUUAAAGCUAUUAAAUAUGAAUUUAAACGUGGCAGACGCUGAAGAUCAACAGCUAUACAAUAACUUGCAGCUAUUAAAUUCGGAACUGUGCUCAUUGGUCGAUGACAAAGAGUCGCGUCCCGUACAGUUAACGAACGGCAAGAGAAGCGGCGCUGGAAGCGUGCUGCAAGAACUCAAUCACAGGGUAAACGAAUUGACAUUAGAUUCGAAUGCGCCACAAUUUGAGUUUCAUGGAUUUGGAUGCAUUCAGUCGUUGGGUCUGCCCAAGCGUCUGCUCUGCUCGAACGACGGCGCCGUCAAAAACAAGUCCAAAUCGAAUGUUCAAGGUCAUUUUGUUGCGCGCCAAAAUAAAAGGCAACCGCAGAAGGAGAACUUGUGGCAUCAGGAUGAGUGUGGCGCGCUGGCCAUCGAGCAAUCUGUUGAGCUGUUGGGCAAUUGCACCGAACGUAAUCUUAUGCUGCGUCUGAUGGAUUUAUUUAAGUCGAUGCAUGAGCACAUUAAUUCAGAAUUGCCAAGUCAUCAGCUAAACUCGAUGCCAUCCGAUUAUGUUUUCGACUUGCCCACAAAGCAAUCAAUGCCCAAAGGCUGCAAUAUACGCCAUCAAGUACAGGUGCUGUGCACCAAACUGGAGCGCUUUAUUGCACGCCAGCGUCGCAUCCUGGAGACCAAUCGCCACUUCGACUACACCAAAUAUACUGAAUGCGAUGGGCUACUCAAUAGCGCCUCGGAUGGGCAACAGGCUCUCAAGCAGUUCACAAAUGUGGAUUUGCGUCAACGCAAUUUUCAGUUUAUCAGCCGUUUGGCUAAUGACAAUGCUGUUCUGCUGGAAAUGCUGCUGCUUAAUCUGCGUGAACGUAUCAAAUCGGCUCAUAUUCACGUAUACGUUUUUAAUUGGGAAAUGGAUAUCGAGCAUCGCUAUUCUGCGUCCAUGACAGCACGUCUCGAGGAGACGAAUAAGAGAGCUUUGGCAUUGGCUGCUGCUGAGUUUCAGGCAAGUCAGCCACGUGAAUUUAGCUUCGAGGAAAAGCUAAUAGCUAAACACUAUCAGCUGGAGAACGUUGUCAGCUGCGCCAAAGAAAACGAGGACUUUCUAACAGCACUGCUGCAGUCGCCCGAAAACUACUUUCCACCAGAGAUCAUUGCCCUGUGCGAGCCUCCCAAGAAUAUCAGCAAGCUGCCACAAAUCCCACCUGUCUCUGCCUAUGAGGCUGUAGAUAGUUUGGAGCAUUUAGUCUUUGGUGGCGAUAUUCUCGAAGUGGCGCCUUCAUCCCCGCCAAGAGUCAGUCAUCGCUCCCAUGUUCCAAAGUGUAACCGAGGUUAGAGCUUUGAGGAAUUGAGACUAAAUAUUAAAAUUAAUUAAUCAAAACUCACAAAAGUGACAGUUAAGGUCUAACAUAUAAAGAAAAUACAAAAAAUUGAUAGACAUUUUAUAAGCUUAACGGAUUGCAUCAUUAUUUAUAAUUAUCAUUGAAAACUAUCUACAACACAUGGGAAAAUGUAAAUGUAUUAUUAACCAAACGAAAAAAUC